CUCGCCGCCUGUUUUACUUGGCAUGUGCGGGAAUUUUAUAUAAGGAUAUUUUACCAUGAAACUCAAACCUAGUAAGUGACUACCGGAGUACCUCGGCUGCCUAAUUUCACUUCCCCACCCUUGUUGCUUAACACAUGCAUUUCUCGGCGACGGAUUUAAACCUUUUUACUUUUGCCUUUCUGGGGUAAUUUGCUAUCGCCCCAUAUAUAGCCACCCCCUUCUUCUUUACCCAUUGAACGUCCGCAUUUCCUAUCCUACAAAUAAUUUAUUGUAACUAUGUCUAUUAAAUCCCUUGACCACGACUUCAGCCCCUACACGCCAGUAGAAGCUGUGCCCCAAAUCGUUCAGGAGACCCGCGACUUGUUCCGCGCCAACCAGAAAGACCUCCACACAGACUCUAAGCGCUUCUUACAGCAGAGAUUGAACAAGUUGAGAGACUUGUACUACGCCAUUAAUGACCACGAGGAUGAAAUUAUUGCUGCGUUGAAGUCUGACUUUAACCGCUCGCCGGCGGAGACUUUAAUGAUGGAGGUUGGGUUCCUCAAGGCGGAGAUCCUCUACAUCAUCGACAACUUGCACAAGUGGGUCAGGCCAAAGUCGAAUAAGGACAUGCCACUUUUAUACAAGUCUGCGAGCUGUUCUACCACGUACGCGCCAUUAGGCUCGGUGUUGGUUAUCGCGCCGUUCAACUUCCCGUUGUUGCUUAGUGUUUCGCCGUUAGUGGGUGCCAUUGCUGCUGGUAACACCGUGGUGUUGAAGCCCUCCGAAUUGACCCCCCAUUUCGCUGACGUGUUGAUCAAUAUCAUCGACCGUGCGUUUGGCAGCGGCGCUCAGGCUCUCGUAAGAGUCGUCCACGGUGGCAUUCCGGAAACCACCGCGGUCUUGGACCAAAAGUUUGACAAGAUCUUGUAUACCGGGAACCCGAUCGUCGCCAAAAUUGUCUCGCGUAAGGCUGCUGAACACUUGACCCCCGUCAUUUUGGAGUUAGGGGGAAAGUCACCUGCAAUCAUCACCGAGAACAACACUGUGGCUGAUUUAAAGGUGAUUGCCAGAAGAAUCUGCUGGGCCAAGUUCUCCAACUCGGGGCAGAUCUGUGUGACCGUUGAUUACGUCGCGAUCCACAAGUCUCUUCACAAGGAGUUUGUCGACAUCUUGACGCAGGUCUUGGCGGAAGAGUUCUUCCCGAACUUGACGGCCGAGGAUGAAACCUUCACCCACAUGAUUCACGACAGGGGAUUCGAUAGACUUGUUAAGACUAUUACCUCCUCCUCUGGAGACGUUGUGUUUGGUGGCAAGAGAUUCGAGAAGGAGUCCAGAUUCAUCGAGCCAACCGUAAUUGACAACGUCGACUUUAACGAUUCUACCAUGGUGGAAGAAAACUUCGGCCCAGUUUUACCAAUCAUUGAGUACGACGACUUACCAACAAUCGUGGACAAAAUUGUCGCCAGCCACGACGAACCGUUGGCAUCUUACAUCUUCUCGCAGAAGAAUGCCGAUGUUCAGUACAUUAUGGCAAACUUGCGUUCCGGUGGUACUGUGGUGAACGACACAGUUCUUCAUGUCGGGCUCUACACCGCUCCGUUUGGUGGGGUAGGUGGCUCCGGACAUGGCUCCUACCACGGCUACAGGUCGUUCGUGGCGUUCUCCCACGAAAGAACCACGAUGCGCCACGGCUUGUGGGCAGAUGCCCUCUGGGGAAGCAGAUAUCCAAAGAACAGUGGUAACGUCUGGCAGCGGAAGUUGUUUGAUGCGACGUUGGUGUGGAAGCCGUGGUUCGGAAGAACCGGCAAUGUUUCCGGGAUGAGUUGGUUGUACUAUAUCUUUGGGGGGCUAAUGGGGCUCUUCUCUACCAUCUAUUACGCCUACAAGGGGAAGACCACUUCAAAAAAACUGAGAAUUUAAGCUGUCUAUGUGAAUGAAGGGAAGUUUUAUCUCUUCAUUUUCUUUGUUGCGGUCGCUUUUUGGCCCCCC